UGCAGUCAAGUGCUUAGUGCAGUCAAGUGAUGCGAUACAACCAGAUACAACGAUAUCGCGAGCGAAGCGAUCAGCAUACUGUGAAUGGUGCGACGAAUUGAUUAUGGAUCGCGUAGAGCAGCGUAGAGAUGGUAAACAAGUCACACAACAGCUGUGACUUUAUCUAGUCACAUUCGAGAUAAAUGGGGAACGCCGCGGACGAAUCUGUGGCUGGGACCGAGAUUGAUCGCUGAGGUGUGGAAUUCUCCAAAGAAACGGUCGGGACUAGGCACAGAGCGAAUUAUGCCUCGAGGAUUACGCGACAGUCCGGCCGUUCGGCAGACUGCUUAGGUUAUGUCGUUUCGUCAAAGUGUUUGUAUCUCACCGAGAAACUCGUUGACCGCCACGUAGAGAGAGAGGUUAUAAUGGGCGACCACAUCGGCGAUAACAUAUUAAUCCCGCAAGUCGACAAUGUCGUGUUGGUCGACAAGAGCGAUAGCAAUAACAAGAGCAUGGACGGGACGUUGUGCAUCAGUGGUCAUCAUCUCAUCUUGUCCUCCAGGCAGGACGACGGACAGGAGCUUUGGUUGAUGAACAGAAAUAUCGACGUCGUAGAGAAGAAACUGAAUACUCAGAGCCCAGGCGGUAGCAUAAUAUUGAAAUGCAAGGAUUUUCAGAUCCUUCAGUUAGAUAUUGGUUCCACUAAUGAUUUAAUCAACGCCAUAUUGUCUAUAGAGAAGCUGAUAUCACUAGAUCAAACUCUACAAUAUCCAUUCUUCUAUCGACCACAGGCAACCAACAACAUCAUGAUACAAAUAGAAGAUGGAUGGACAGCAUUUGCACCUGUCUCCGAGUGGUCCAGAUUGCUGGCGGCUCACGGGGAUGAGUGGCGUAUCAGUUACCUGAACAGGGAUUACAAAGUUUGUACUUCAUAUCCGUCGGCAGUCAUAGUGCCGCGUCAAGUAGACGACAAAGUUGUAAUAGCUUCGGCUGGCUUCAGGGACGGCGGAAGGUUCCCUGUUUUGUGUUACAGACACGAGGGAGGGAGUAUACUGUUGAGAAGCAGUCAGCCGUUGUGCGGUGCCACUGGUAAGAGAUGCAAGGAAGAUGAAAAACUGUUAAAUGCAGUUCUAGGUCCCGGAAGACGUGGUUACAUAGUGGACACAAGGUCAGUUAGUCAGGCACAGGGUGCCAGAGCCAGAGGCGGAGGUACGGAAAUGGAUACGGCUUAUCCGCAAUGGCGUAAAGUACACAAACCAGUUCCUCGGCCGCACGAUUUGGCCGAUAGUUUCUACAAGUUAAUAGAGGCUUGCAACGACGUGAACAGCUCCACUUCGCAAUGGCUGUCGAAACUGGAUAACAGCGGUUGGCUAACCGCUGUGCAGAGCGCCUUAAAUGCUGCCUGCGUCACCGCGCAAUGCCUACAUCAAGAAGCGGCGGCUGUGCUAGUGCACGGUAGCACAGGCAGGGACUCGACGUUGGUGGUAACCAGUUUGGCUCAGGCAAUAUUGAAUCCUGAUUGUCGAACAGUACGAGGUCUUCAAGCGCUCAUAGAGCGUGAGUGGCUACAAGCCGGCCAUCAAUUUUUCAGCCGGACCCGUUGCAGUGCCUAUCAGCCUUCGAACUCGCAAAAUCCGACGCACGCGCCAACGUUUCUGCUUUUCCUCGAUUGCCUGUACCAGCUGCAUCACCAGUUCCAAUUUAGCUUUGAGUACACCGCGGAUUUGCUCGUCAAAUUGUACAAGCACGCCUAUUCCUCGAACUAUGGUACAUUUUUAGGUGAUUCGGAAGCGGAGAGGAUAAAAUUACGGCUGUCCGAACGAACUUACAGUUUAUGGUCGUACAUGAAUCAACCGGACGUUUUGGAACAGUGGAUAAAUCCGUUGUACGAGCCGAAUCCGGGAGUAAUCUGGCCCAGCGUCGCACCCAUCAGUAUUCAAUUGUGGAGAGAGCUGUAUCUCGCGCAUACGAGCGCAGCCCCGUGGGACGGUAUGCUCUCCUAUGCGAAGCAGAUCAAGCAGAAUCACACGGCAGUGCGCAAAGUAGCCGGACAGCUGCAGGCGCAGAUCAAGCAAGCGUUGGAGGAGAUCCGAUCGGAUCCGGACAUGUCGCGGGGAGACGCGGAUAAUCAAGAGGAUCAUCCCCAUAUAGCGCAAUUGAGCCUAGAGUCCCAGAGUACUUGAUACAGAUUGUAGAGGUCGAAGAAAAACCGAGAGAAUCCGCGCUGCUGUUCAACGAUCUUGUCAAUAUGCCUUUAAUUAUACAAUACCACGUUAAUCCGCAAGGAUCAACGAUCUGCCACGAAUGCUGAAGCCUUCGUAAUAAAUUCUCGACGCAA